GCUGAGGGAGCCGGCGAGGACUGACGCUGAUUGGCUGCCUGCGCUGAGGGGGCGGGAACAGAGGGGAAAUCAAUCAGCGAGCGCCAUGUGGGACGUCAUCGUCUUCUAUCCACCUCAACGCUUAGUACAGUGUCUGGCAUCUAGUAGUCGCUUGUUACUAAGUGCUGGGAAUGAGUACACGGUUGGGAAGUGGACGAGCGACGAUGGACUCCAGCAGAUGCCCUCGGCUCCUGGCGCUGCUGCAGGCCCUGUUGCUGGCUCACGUGCCCGCGGCCGCUCCCUCCCCGCCCGCCGAGACCUCCACCAUCACCUCCAGAGCCGGGGAGACCGUCAGGCUGCACUGCAGGCCCGAUCCCGCCGGGCAGCCCAUCCGGCGGGUCUCCUGGACCCUCCUCCGGGACGGCCUCCGCGCCACGGUCCACGGCUACUGGAACGGCACCGACCGGCCGGGGGACCGGGACGCCGGGUUCGGCCGCCGCACGGGGCUCUCCGUCCGGCCCGGGGAGGCGGUGCUCACCAUCAGGGACGUCGGGCCUCGGGACAGCGGGACCUACCGGUGCGACCUGGGGGACGGUCGGGCGGCCGUGCCUCGAGACGUGUUCCUUCGUGUCGUGGGUCCGGACGGUCCAGGGCUUGAGGAGGGCGGAGUGGAGGCGGGGCAGCCCCGCGCCCGGGGAGGAGACGAUGUCCCCGAAGAGCCGGUCCAGCUCGGGGUCGUCGCGGACGGCCUGCCGCAGGUGGACCGGGGCGAUGCGUUGCCGGCGGUGGGCCCCGGCGGUGUGACCCGCCAGCUCCAGGAGCUCGGCCGUCAGGUACUCCAGCACGGCGGCCAGGAAGACCGGGGUGCCCUCCGCCACCCUCCGCGAGUAACGGCCGCGGCGCAGGAAGCGGUCCACCAGGCUCACCGAGAACCGCAGCUGGGCCCGGGACGAGCGAGAGCGUCGAGGGCCCGAGCGGCGCGGGCCGGAGGGGGACCCCUCCGCAGAGGGCACGCGGGCGGCCAUGACGACGCUCUUCCGCGGGCCUGAAGGCCCGAGCCCUUCCUACCCCUGACGCCGGCCGCCCGGAUCGACCGGAGGGGACGGCAAGCCGGGGCCUUUGUGAGCGGGAGACGGCCGGGGAUCCCGCCCCGGCCGGUGGUGAUGUCAUAAACGAUGAUAAUAAUGAUGGAAUUUGUUAAGCGCUCA